GUGGGAUUCGGAUCGGUCCUCGUCCUAGUCGUCGUCGGUUCCAUACAAAACUGCCGCCGGUUUCGUGGUCAAACUCUGUCUGGAUGUUGUCGUCCCACACUCUAAGUUUUUAAUUCGUUUAUCCAAAGUUUUCAGUUUAUUUUGUUUUUUUAAUAUUUAUUUUUGCGGGGCGUGUGUUGGUCAGAAAAUCGUAUCGCGUAGUGUAUAAUCAAGCUAUAUAAUCUGUUAUCUGUGUACCUUAUUUGUGAUAUCCUAACCAACAACAACAAAUUAGUUAAAAUACUUAACAAAUUUUGUUGACUACUGCAAAAUAACUUAAGCCAAAAUAAACUACCGAAAAAACGGUUCUUAAGUUUCAACUAAAGGACUAUUACAUAAUUGGGCACAACUGCGAAAUGGAUUACGUAACUCUGAUGUGGGAUGCACUGUAAAUGAAUGUGCACAAGCUUUCCGAAAAUCGAAAUUAUAUGGCGACCAAGUGAAAAUCCCCUGCUGAGUGAACGAACCAACCCGAAAAUAGAGUCAUCAAAUUUGUGCUGGCUUCACGGAAAUUAACCGCCGCCGAUUCGCCACGCUUAUAUACACGGCAAUCCGCCGUGAAGUAGGCAACAAAAUAUAUUUAUGCGCCCAAGUGAUAACAGCGGAAAAGGCAGCGAAGCACAACAGGCGCUUACUUUUACGAAGGAGGAUUCGGCGAUCCGGAGACAGGGGCGGAGUCAGAGGAAGAAGGAGUCUGGGAAAAUCAGGGAUACGACCACAGCAUCACCAUGAAGGGUCUGACGGCGUUUAAGGAGAAGGCGACGGGCGUGUUCGGCGGCAUGAAGCCAAACAUGGAGAAGUUCGAGAUAUCGCAGAGUUACCAUGGCGGACACGGUGGCUACGAGGAGAGAGGGGGCGACCGGGAGGGUCGUGGACCGGGCGGUGGCCACGCCUACGACGACGACGACGACCGGCCCGAUUCGCCCGCCUCCUUCGAGGAGAUCGAGCGGCCACCGUUGCGGAAGAUCGACAAGUACUGCAAGGCGGAGUGUCCUUGCAUGCCGGCCCGCUACACCAUCGCCACCAUGGCCUGCGUGGGAUUCAUGAUCGCCUUCGGAAUGCGGUGCAACAUGUCGGCGGCCAAGCUCAAAGGAGAGCACAACGGGACUGUUUUUAUGAACUGGACGGUCGCCGUGGAGAGCCAUGUGGACUCGUCCUUUUUCUGGGGCUAUCUGGUGACGCAGAUUCCCGGCGGCUUCAUCGCCUCCAAGUUCCCGGCCAACAAGAUAUUCGGCCUGUCCAUCGUGAGCUCCGCCACACUGCAUCUCUUCGUGCCAUUCGCGAUGACCCUGAUGCACGGUCAUGUGGUGAUUUGUGUGCGCGUCCUGCAAGGACUCUUCGAGGGCGUUACGUAUCCAGCUUGUCAUGGCAUCUGGCGCUUCUGGGCUCCGCCCAUGGAACGAUCCCGACUGGCCACGUUGGCCUUUUCCGGUUCCUAUGCCGGCGUGGUGGUGGGACUGCCGCUUUCCGGACUUCUGGCCGAUACCGUGGGCUAUCAGGCGCCGUUCUACGCGUACGGGGUGUUCGGCAUAAUCUGGUACAUGUUCUGGAUAUGGUUGUGCUUCGAGAAUCCACGCAAACAUCCGGCCAUCAGCAUACCCGAGCUGAAGUACAUCGAGAAAUCGCUGGGGGAGUCGGCUCAUCCGACGAUGCCAUCCCUGAAGACGACUCCUUGGCGGCAGAUGAUGCGAUCGAUGCCGGUGUACGCCAUCAUUGUGGCCAACUUCUGCCGCUCCUGGAACUUCUACCUCCUGGUGCUGUUCCAGUCCUCGUUCCUCAAGCACAAGUUCGGAUUCAAAGUGGAGGAGGCGGGCUUUGUCGGAUCCCUGCCCCACUUGAUCAUGACCACGAUUGUUCCAUUUGGCGGCAUGUUGGCGGAUCACCUGCGAAAGAAUGGCAUCCUGUCCACCACGAAUGUAAGAAAGCUGUUCAACUGCGGCGGAUUCGGGAUGGAGGGCCUGUUCUUCCUAUUCGUGGCUCAUUCCUCAACGGCGACGGGAGCCAUGUUUGCCUUGACCUGCGGCGUGGCCUUCAGUGGCUUUGCCAUAUCCGGCUAUAAUGUCAAUCACCUGGAUAUUGCUCCUCGAUAUGCCAGUAUCCUGAUGGGUCUCUCGAAUGGAAUUGGCACACUGGCUGGCAUCAUUGUACCCUACGCCCUGGAUGGUCUAAUCCAGUCUAAUCCCACUGGCUGCUGGACUACAGUAUUCACCCUGGCCGCCUGUGUUCAUCUGGUUGGCUGCAGUUUCUACGGGAUCUUCGCCUCUGGAGAACUACAGCCAUGGGCGGAGCCUCCGGCAGAGGAGCAGAAGGUGUGGGCCCCACCACCAGGUGCCAUCACCAAUACGGAUCCCAGCCAGGCGGGCAUGUUGGGCGACUACAUGAAGGAAACCUCAUUUGGUGCUCCUGAGUACAAUGAGCAGAGUCAAAUGCAGCAGUCGAAUGCCAUUAGCUAUGGCGCCACUGGUCACGUGGCCAACAAUCCUUUUGCCAUGGCCAGUGGUGCACCACCAAUCGCGGAGGAGGAUGCACCACCGAGCUACGGGGAUGUGUCGAACCCAGGACAAUAUGGAUACACGCAAGGACAAAUGCCGUCCUACGAUCCACAGGGAUACCAACAGCAGCAGUAAUGGAUUCACUGAUAUAUAUCAUAGCUUUUAGUUGUAGUCGGAAAUCGUUUGACGUUUAUUGUUUGUUCUUGGUGUGCCGUUAAAGUUCUUCCCCAUACUCUCUAACUUUCUAUUUGUUGAGUUCCAUCGGUGAAGGGAUCCAAAAGCCUUUCGGACGAUAUAUAUAUAUAUAACUAAAAAGAGAAACGAAUUUGUCAGCGAAUUAGGGGAUUCCAUAUGCCACACUAACACAAUGAAACUAUGUACCUAACAGAGAAACUACAUAUGCAUACACAGCAAUACCGAUAGCCAUUACCAUUACAGUUAUCCCACAUAGACACACAACAGGCCUAAUCGAUCUAUAUAGCAUAUAGUAUUAAGACGUCGCUUCCGCGAAUUUCUAUUUACAAGCUCAGAAACCGAAACAGCAACACAAGAUAGGGAAAAACUGGAAAUAUAUAGUCAGCACUUGUGUAUAUCAUAAACCACAUAAUCCAGACAAAGCCUAUAAUAAUUAUAUUUAAAUCGGUAUAAUCGUAUAUAUAUAUAUAGCCAAAGAUUGUUGUUGAACUGCAAACUGCACGUUUUAUUACCGUUGAUGAUAUUAUCUUCUGUGUAAAGAGAACAUUUUAAUCAAACCCAAGCAAUUGUUGAUGUUCGGCACGAAUGAUAACCAUAAAAAUUACUAGCUAAUCAAAAAAAACAAAACAUAUAUUAUUCUGUUAACUAAUUCUCGUUUAUGUUUGAUUUGUUUUAUUCUUGAUGCACCGUAUGCUUUUGUGUUUUAAGAACAUGAGCAAGGCAUGAUGUAGGUACUAAAAACAUAACACUUAAGUAGAUAGCCGUAGGCGCAUAUAACCUCAGACUUGGUCUUCAUAUGCUCACUACAUUAAAAUAAUAAUAAGCAAAAGGAACACUUUAUCUAAAAAUGGAAAAGGGUGUUAAUAAGUUUGGGUUUCUAUGCCAAAAAAUGGUCUAGCGUUUAAAUUUAUAAAUUCUAAUUUUCAAAUAAAUUUUACUCUAUGUUGAACUUCUUCAAGUUUUGUUAAAUAUCAGCUAAAAUAUUUUCCAUGGCUGGCAAAAACAAAUUUUCCAAUUUUUAUUAUUAACUUAUUCAGUUAAAAGUCAACUCCUAGUUUUAAACCCAAGUACAUUACGUUUUUAAAUUGUGUUCCUUUUGUAAAACUUAAAUAAAAGCUAAAUUAUUUAUUAUACAAUAUUAGCACUGUUAAAUCUCUCUAAACCAAUAAAUUUAAACAAUUUCGAAAUACCUAGUAGAUUGUACAUAAAUUCAGCAUUAAGUACUUACACUUAAACUUAUUUAUGCACCAAAUUUUAUUUAAGAGCACAAAUUUUACUUACUUAAUGCACUGUUACUAUUUGUUUGUUUUAGUUUCAUGCACCUAUUAUAAUUUUAAUAUAUAAUAAUAAAUUAAUUAAAAACUUCAAUUACUGCCACACAAAACAUAUUUAGACGCACUUACUUUCGCACUGUUCAAUUGAAAAUACAAAUUUACAAAAAAUGAUUUCUAAUCGUCUGUAUAUUAUCCAAACAUAUUAAAUUAGCCACAAAUAUUAUAAAUAACUAUAUAAAGGUAAUUUAAAUUAUUCACAUUUAAAUCACUAUGUAUUAAAAACGUGAAAAUUUUCUAACUAAAAGAGUCAAUUCUAAUACCGUAAUUUGUACAGCGCAGCGAAUAAAUACUUACGCAAAUACUCGUAUAGCAACUUUAACAUAGCUAAUAUAUAUUACAAUUUUAAAUGGUUUGGGAUACAAGUUCCAAUUGAAGAAAACAAUACUGCUUGUGUGAGCGACAAUACUUAGUGAAGUAAGACUAGUUAAUAGUAACCAAAUUUAUAUUCUCGAAUUAUUUUUAUUUAUUUAGUAUCAUCAUUUGAUUUUAGGCACAAAUUUUUAACGAAUGCAUCGCGCAGGCAAUUAAAAAUGUUGGCCACUGGGGCGUAUGUGUAAUAUUAGUAUAGUUAAAACUUCAUUCUGUAUAUAAAACCAUAUUUAAGAAUAAUUUGUUUAUAAUCGGAAGAUUAUAAUAUUAGAGACAUGUUCUUACCCUAUGGAUUUUAUUUCCUUUUUUCGUUUGAGAGAUACUCAAGCUCUCGGGGCUGUGUGGACAAUAAUAACAUAGAUAUGUUAACCAGAAAGCCACGGUGAAAACUUUUGCUUGCUAAGAUAUGCAAAUAAUGAAGAUCACUUGACAUAACGGAUUGUAAAUACAAUUAUAUCUCGUAGUUGAAUGCCAUCAUUAAAUGCUUUUGUGAGUAAUUUAAGUGUAUAUAAAGCCAAAUUAAACCAAAGCAUAACUAAAAACUAAACGGGCUCAACUUCAAUAGUGUUAAACCAUCACUUUUCGCUAUAGCCAGAGUCACACAAGAACAGGUUACAUCUAGGGUAUUUUAACUACUAGCCAAACAUUAAUGUUGUACGUGGAAGUAAACUUAAAAACGCUGGAAAUGCAUACACAUUCAUACAGAAAUAUAGGCGCACAAAUACAAAUCAGAUAUAUGCUAUUAAUAUAAAACAUAUAUUUACUAAAAACAUAAAAAAAUUGGCUACAGAACUCCUUGGAAUCUGAAUCCAAUAAAACUUCUUAUUAUUAAAAAAGAUGUAGUAACAAUAUUACCGCUAACUUCGGCUGGGAUAUCCAACCGAUACUUCAACUGUGUAUAUAAUUAGAAACAAAAUAUUCUUUGUGUUUACUGAGAGUUCUGUAUACAAAAUAUAUAAUAUUAAAUCAAAAUUAAAUAUAUUAAACACAAUCGGAGAUCCCUUUUCUGGCAACACCCGCCCAUGUUGUAUAAUUUAUAUGGUAGUUAAUCCAAAUUAAAAUAAAUACUUAUAUAUUUCAUUGUAUGCUCAAAAACAAAAAAAAAACAACAAAUAAUUAUUCCUAAAGAUAAACGAAUAAAAGAGACUCAGAACACAAGAAAACCUAUGUUCAGUUGAAAUUCUGCUUAGUUCUAACAAUCGUCUCCUAUGUAACUUAAAUUUGGUUAAAAGAAAUAAAGAUGUAUGAGAUCCGGCUAUACGAAUUACCAUAUUUGAAGGUCAUGAAAAACAGAACGAAAUUAUACCUAAUGAAUUGUAUUUGGAAUUCAAUAAAACGAACAUGUUAAAAAUUAUGCCAA